UUUUUGAUUUUUCUUUAUUUAUAUUUCUUUGUAUCUUUUUGUUUCAUUUAUCCAUCUUAAAAACCAUUUAACCUAAUCAUUCUUCCACUUGACUGAACUUUUUAAUUAUCAAAUCACUUGUCUCAAAGGUUUGCACUUAAUUUAUUGGCUUUACUUUUAUAUAUUAAAUAUACCUUUUAGCCAUUAGAAAUAUCCUGGUAUGAGCAAUAUCAUAUAACCUGUUAAGAUAUUCAUUAUCCUAUUUUGCAUUCAACCUCAAGUUAUUUAUUUAUCAAUCUAUAAAUAUAUUGUUGUUUCCAGUCAUUCCGUUGUUAUUAUUUUGCAUUUGAAUCAUUUAAAAGUCAUCUAGACUACCCUCAUUACUCAAACUCUUUCGCUAAUCCCUUAAACAUACAAUGAUUGCUAUUUAUCCUAUUCAAAUAUUAGUUAUAGGUGCUGGAUUAAUCGGACCAAGACAUGCAGAACAUGUCGUAAAGAAUCCACAAGCUGAACUCUUUGGUUUUGUGGAUCCUUCUCCAGCUGCAAAAGAUGUAGCUCAAAAGUUUAAUACCAAUUAUUUUAAAUGCAUCAAAGACGUCAUUGACUAUUGUGAAGAAAAUUCAUUCCCUCUACCUGAUGGAGCCAUUGUCGCAACUCCAAAUCAUACUCAUGUUAAAGUAAGUGCCGAAUUGGCUUAUUAUGGUAUUAAUCUUUUGGUAGAAAAACCUCUUAGCUCGAAUCCACAAGAAGCUAAAGCUCUUAAAAAUUAUACUGAAUCUAAAAAUGUCAAGUUAUUAGUUGGUCAUCAUCGCCGAUUCAAUCCAUUUAUUGUGGAAACAAAAAAGCAAAUUAAUAGUGAUAAUAGUAAAUUGGGUGAUAUAAUAGCCAUUCAAGGUACUUGGACUUUACGUAAGCCUCAAUCAUAUUUUGAACAAGGAUUAUGGAGAACAGAUGUUUCAACUGGUGGUGGACCAUUAUUGAUUAAUUUGGUUCAUGACUUGGAUAUUCUUCAAUUCUUAUUUGGACCGAUUGAAAAGAUUUAUGCAGAAGUAUUAAAAAAGCAAAGAACCCAAUAUACAAAUGUCGAUGAAGGUGCUGCGUUAACAAUAAGAUUUAAAAAUGGUAUAACUGGAACUUUUAUUUGUUCAGAUAAUGUUACAUCACCAUUUAACUUUGAGAGUAGUACUGGUGAAAAUCCAACAGUACCAUUUCAUGAAGAUGCGCAAGGGUUAUAUAGAAUUUUUGGUUCAAAAGGCACAUUAUCAGUACCUGAUCUUAACUUAUUUCAUCAAGAUAAAUCAGAAACAGAUGAAAAGAAUUCUUGGUUACAUCCCAUUACUAAGGAAUCAUUAGUUAAAGAUAUCGAUGAAUUAAGAGGUAAUUUACCAUUUGACAAUCAAUUAGAUCACUUUAUUGAUGUUAUAAAGGGUAAAUGUGAACCAUUAUGUACGGCUGAUGAUGGUAUAUCUGCAACCCUCUGUAUUAAUGCUGUAAUGAAAUCAAUAGAGACUGGCAUGCCCCAACCAAUAGAUGAUAUUAAGUCAAUUAGUCCAGAUUAUGAAUCUUUAAGAUUUGUACCUUCAAGUAAAAGUUAGUCUACAUAGUAGCAUAUUAAAUUAUAUUAAUAUAUAAACGAAUAUACAGAGUAUGAAUUAAGUAGUUAAUAGUUAUGUCUACAAAAGAUGAAUGUCGCGAAAUAAAUAUUGUUAA